AUGGCGCGGGGGACCGUGCUGCUUCUGCUCGCGGGCGCCUUCGCUGCGGCUCUCCUUCCGGACGCCGCCGAGUCCCGCAUCCUCCUCACGCUCCACGACUUCGGCGCCGUCGGUGACGGCGUCGCGGAUGACACCAAGGCCUUCGCCGACGCGUGGACGGCCGCAUGCACCGCCGCGGACAACGUCAUCCUCAACGUGCCCGCCGGCGGGACCUUCCAAAUCUGGCCGCUCACGCUCGCCGGACCCUGCAGGAGCGAGAUCAAGCUGCUCAUUUCCGGGGACAUCGUUGCGCCGGAGAGCCCCAGCGACUGGGGGCACGGCCAGCGCAGCCAGUGGCUCCACUUCCACAAGGUUCAGGACCUCAAGAUCACCGGCGGGGGCAUCAUCGACGGCAGAGGGCAGCAGUGGUGGGCGCAGUCGUCGCUUAUGCGCGCGCAGCCCGCUCCCAAGGCUGUUCACUUCGAGGACUGCCAGGGGAUCAGCGUGAAGGGCAUCACCUUGCAGAACAGCCAGUCGUACCACCUGACGUUCACCCGGAGCUCCGACGUCGAGGCGAAAUACCUGAGGGUGACCUCACCGGAGGACAGCAUCGACACCAAGGGCAUUCACCUCGUUGAUUCGUUCAAUGUCCACGUCAUGGAUAACCUCAUCUCCACAGGUGACGAUUGUGUCUCCAUAGUGGGCAAAUGCGAGGAUGUUCGUCUAAGUGCCAUCUCAUGUGGACCUGGCCAUGGUAUCAGUAUUGGAACCCUAGGAGUAAACAACUCCGUUGAUUAUGUGGAGAAGAUCAAAGUUGACACCUUGUUCAUCUCAAACGACGAGAACGGUGUACGCGUACGCACCACCAAGGCUGCAGCGACAGCAGUGCAGGUAGAGAAGAUCAACUACAUUGACAUCACGGGCACGUCGGCGUCGAAGCAUGCGGUCAGGUUCUCGUGCAGCGACGCCAAGCCGUGCAGGCACCUGUCGCUCGUCAACGUGAACCUUAGCCGGGUGGACGGGAACAAGGCGUCGUCCUGCUGCCGCAAGGCGUUCGGGAGGAGCAUCGGCACCGUCAUCCCGGAGUCCCGCCUCUCCAAGGAGGACUUCGUCCAGCACGACGUCCCGCAGCGUUCUGAAGAAGACCGAGAAGAAGAUUCAGAUUCGUGA